AUGGUUCUACGAAAAUACGAAGCUUUUAAUACACAAGACACAUUUCCAAAUGCCUUUACUUCAUCAAUUGUACUAUCAAAAGCAGAUGAAUCUGUAUUGAUUAUCGAUGGUGAUGCUGGCGAAGAAUUUCAAAAGUUAAUUGUCGGAAAUCGUGGAAAGGAUACAGCCGUACCAUAUAUAUUAUUGAAUUCGAAUCAAACUGAACCAGAUACACGCAUGUUUCUGCGUUUGAAUGAUACUUGUCAACAACCAGAUAUUCAAAAAGUAGUCAUUAGUCCUACAGAUACAGACGUUACCAUACUAUCAAUUGCAUAUGCAUCCCAAUAUUCGCUAAAAUUGCAUGUCCAUAGUUGCACAUCACGUAAAUGA